CGUUCGUUGUGAAUUAUAUCGCGCGACUGUGGAAAUUAAGUGUAUUGCAAAGUUGUAUUCAGAAAGAAUAAACCAGUUUUAUCUGAAAAAGGACUUGUAUCGCUAAAGUUUCUUCGGAAAGAAUUUUUACGGAAAAUUAACUAACGACCAGAGACGUAACAAUAUAUACAUUAUGUGUGAUUAUGGGCGCUAAUCAUGCAUUUAACUGGUAUUAUUAUAAUAUUGCGUAGUUUGAAAAAGCGCACACGUAUCACCAUCGAUAUCAGUCUCAGCGUUGUUACAUAAUUGUUUUGAUUCGGAGAAUUUAGAAAUAACGUUAGAAGACAAGGCCUAAUAUUUUUAUGCAUGAAUUGACAAGAUACUUUAAAAAUAUAAUGUGGAUAUUUGGAUAUGGUUCAUUAAUGUGGAAGGUAGAUUUUCCUUAUAGGAGAAAAGUUGUUGGAUAUAUUAAAGGUUUCGUACGUCGAUUUUGGCAGGGAAGUGAAGAUCAUCGUGGCAUUCCUGGAAAGCCAGGUCGUGUUGUGACAUUAGUACCCUCUUACAAACCAGACGCUUGUGUAUGGGGGGUAGCCUACGAAAUUGCAUCAUCAGAUAUUGAGUCUGUACGAGCGCAUCUAGAUGAUCGUGAGAAAGAAGGUUAUGAAAAAAUCAAUGUAACUUUUUAUCCAAAAGACGAAGAGAUUAAUCCCAUAGAACUAACUAUUUAUGUUGGUUACCAAGACAAUCCUUACUUUCUUGGCCCUGCCCCAGUAGAAACCAUAGCAUUACAGAUUUACGAUGCAGAGGGUUGUAGUGGAAAAAAUAUAGAAUACCUGUUAAAUCUUGCUGAGGUAAUGAGAGUUCUUAUUCCUCAUGUGUAUGACGAGCAUCUGUUUGGAUUAGAAUAUGAGGUCAAGAAAUUGAUCAGAAUUAAUGAAUUAGACAAUAUAUGUUAAGCAAAAAUAUGUUUACAAUUUUGAGUUUAGUUAAGUUCUAGAGCACUCAAAAUGCAUAAGGUUAAUUGUGCUUCAGGUUUUGAAUAUGUUUAACAAUUCUAUGUAAAUAAACUUUAUUUCCAGUGGCUGAAACUUAAGAGCACACAUUUCAUCCCAUAUAUACAUAGUAAUUGUUCAAAAAGUUUAAUCCCUGAAUCGUAUGACUCAAUUAAAUUAAUUAAGAAGCUUUAAAUAUUUAAAUAGUCAUUAAACUACUGGCAUAUAGUACACUUAAUGAUAGUGCUAUACUACAUAAUGUAUCAUAUUAUCUGAUGAAAACCUGCUUGAGAUAGGAUGCAUGUAUUGUUUAUCUUUUAGGUUAUAACAAGAAAACAAAACAAUUGUUUUACUGUAUAUUUUUCAAAUUAAUGAAAAAUUUGUAAAAUAGCAUGAAACUAGAUAUUGUUUUAUGAGGAAACUUCCUUUUUAUAAUGUCAUUAAUUUUGCACAUUUAAUGUUAGUUCUCUCUGCAUUAUAUAUUUUUAAACUGGUAAUGCAUGGUAAGAAUUGGUCUGUUAAUUUACUUUUGUAAAGUACCAUGUUAGAAACCAACUUCAUUCUGUCACUUCUUGAUGUAAGAUGUAAUUUUGCUGUAAUAUAUUAUUUUUUAUUAGGUCCCAAUGAUAAACCACACUGUACAUGCAAGUGUAAACUCAAGAGAACAAAGGGUUUCUUAUUUGAUUGAAAAUGUCAAAGCAAUUUAUACACAAAUAGAAAGUUAAUGCAUUAUAUUAGUACUUUUAAACAUUUAUAACGAAAAUACUUUUAGAAGUAAAUUUUCUUUACUUGCAAUAUUUAAUGGUGGAUUUGGUGUUUUAAUUUUAUAGAAUUUAGAUAUUUCAUUAGCCCAAAAAAGUGAUCAAAAUAAUUAUACAUAAAAAUGGGUAUUUGUUUUGGUUAGAAGUAGCAUGGACUUGGAACAGGUAUCUUAGUAUGCAGUGAGUGUUGCUUUCAUGUCUAUCUCUAUUCAGAAUAUGUUGAUUUCAUAGGAUGUUUUCUUAGUUAAUGGAAAAUUAGGUCAGCAGUGUAUCUAAGUUUGAGUGGUUUUAUUUUUUGUUUGGUAAUUCAUGUAUUUUUAUUCCAAAUUGGUGUUUUCUUGCAGCUCUUUUUAGGCAUUGGUUUUUUGUUAUUCUUAAACUGUAUAUGUACUUAUUUAUUUUCUGUCAGUAUAACAUGCUGCUUGGAAGAAAUAUCAUGAGUCACAAUCUUGUUAGCCAUGAUAAUUGGAAGAGAAUUUCUUUCUGCACAAACACUUAAUCUACGAAGCAUUUCUUAAAACAUCUUAUUACAUUACUAUGUGUUUAAAACCCACAUUUACCCAGUCUAACUCAUGUUAGAAAUGUUUAUACUGUCCCAGAAACUGAUAAUCUUAUAUCAUUUGCAAGAUCAACAAACAAAGUUGACAUUUUUUUUUACAUGUUAUUCAUACUUUUCUUUUUUCAGUUUCCCAAGUGUUGUAUUACUGAUCUGGUAAUUUUUACGUUCUUAAAUAAUAAAUUAUUUGAUUUCAAUUGAAAAUGUUUAUAAGCACAUUAAAUUGCAAAUUUAAUGCAAUAUACUGAAGAAUUUCCUGAAUAAUGGAAAUAUUUCACUUAUUUUUAGAAAUGGAUUUUAAUUUUUAUCAGUUUUUUUCUUAGGAAAUUAUUGCGAUGGAUUAAGAAAAUAUUUACAGUUUCAUAGGUUA